AGGAACAAGAUGGGGAGCAUGGUGAUUUUGAGCUCAGACGAAGAAGAUUCAGAUAUCAGUGAAUCUGAAAUGGAAGAGUACGGUGACAAAAUCUACCGGAAUCUCAAAGGUGGGAAGCUCAAUGUGAAACUCUCUCCUCAAGCUUUCGUGUGUCCUUAUUGUCCGAACAAGAAGAAACCGAGCUUUCAGUACAAAGAUCUCCUCCAACAUGCUGCUGGAGUUGGUAAUAGCAACUCUGAAAAAAGAAGCCCAAAGGAGAAAGCAAGCCACCUUGCUCUUGUCAAAUACCUCCAACAAGAUCUUGCUGAUUCAGCUGCAGAUGCAGAGCCCUCGUCUAAGCGCAAGAAAACCGAAAAUCCAAUUCCAGAUUGCGACCAGGACGAGAAGCUCGUGUAUCCUUGGAAAGGCAUUGUGGUGAACAUUCCAACUACAAAGACACAAACUGGUCGACCUGCGGGCGAGAGCGGAUCAAAUCUUAGGGAUGAGUACAUUCAAAGAGGAUUCAACCCGCUUAGGGUUCGUACUUUAUGGAGUCACUGGGGGUUUUCAGGAACAGCGAUCGUGGAGUUCAACAAAGACUGGAAUGGACUUCACGAUGUUCUUCGCUUCGACAAGGCUUAUCGAGUAGAUGGUCAUGGGAAGAAAGACUGGUUCAAGAAAGACGGUGGUCCCAAGUCGGGGCUUUACGCGUGGCUUGCUCGUGCUGAUGAUUACAACGGGAGUAAUAUCAUCGGAGAGAACCUGAGGAAGAAGGGUGAUCUCAAAACCAUAGCAGAACUUACGGAAGAGGAGGAUAGGAAACAGCGGUUGCUUGUGCAGAACCUGACGCAGCUUGUGGAAGAGAAGAAGAAAGACAUGAAGGAGAUUGAGGAGCUGUGUUCUUUGAAGUCAAAGGAGCUUAAUGAGUUGAUGGAAGAGAAGGAAAAGAGUCUUCGGAAGCAUAACCGAGAGCUGAGUGUUAUGCAAGAGAGAGAACAGAGACACGUUGAGAAGAUCCUUGCUGAUCAUGAGAAGAUAAAGACGCAGUUGGAGUUGGAGAAGAAGAAACUCGAUGAUAAAAGUAAGGAGUUGGCAAAGAGGGAAGCACACAAUGAAACGGAGAGGAAGAAACUGGCUGAAGAGCUUGAACAGAAUGCAUCUAAGAACAGUUCUCUUGCACUAGCUGACAUGGAACAACGAAAGGCAGACGAAGAUGUUAAACAAUUGGCCGAGUCUCAGAGGAGGCAAAAGGAGGAGCUUCAUGAGAAAAUCAUAAGACUAGAAAGACAAAGAGACCAGAAACAAGCGCUCGAGCUAGAGAUUGAGCAGUUGAAAGGAAAGCUAAAUGUGAAGAAGCUCAUGGGAUCAGUUGGUGACGAUGAAAUUGUAGAAGAAGUGGAAAAAAUCUAUAAAGACUUAACUCAAAGGGAAGAAGAUCUCGCAGAGCUCGACAAGUUUUACCAAACCGUAAUCCUUAGAGAGCGUAGAACCAACGAAGAGCUUCAAGAAGCUCGUAAAGAAUUGGUACACAUUAUGAAAGAAGGGAAAUCAAAAUCAGGAAUCGGUAUCAGGAGAAUGGGAGAGCUCGUGACGAAACCAUUCUUGGAUGCAUUGCAGCAGAAGUACGGUGAGAAAUUUGUGGAGGAUCGAGCAGUCGAUGUUCUCCAGCUCUGGGAAGAAUACCUCAAAGACCAACUGUGGCAGCCAUUCAAGCGGAUCAAGCUCGGAAAUCAAGAUAGAGAAGUGGAAGUGAUAGAUGAUCAAGACGAAAGGCUGAGGGAGCUUAGGGAAGAAUUAGGAGAUGGCCCUUAUAACGCGGUGACGAGAGCUUUGCUGGAGAUAAACGAGUAUAACCCAAGUGGGAGGUACAUUUCAACGGAGCUGUGGAAUUUAAAAGAAGAUAGGAAGGCUACACUUGAAGAAGGUGUCACUUGUUUACUCGAUCAAUGGCACAAGUCGAAACGCUUUCGCGGUUAA